GGGAACUCUAGGGAACUCGGGGCCAACCUAGGAUCAAACAAGAUGAGUAUGAGACCUUAUGACCGAGGAUUUGAAUGCUCCAUUACCUCCUAGCUUUUAUCUUUACCCUUGCCUUGUCUUUGCCCUGAUAGUCUCCCUCUUUAAAAAAAUCUAGUUGCAGUAUGUGUGUAAUUAAGUUGCUUCAAACUCAUUUUAGAAGGAAGCUGUUAUAAACAAAAUAAACAUAACAGCCUGGGCCUCAAUUGAGGAAAGCUUCACAAAAAUGACAUGAGAAUAGGGACUUGAAGGAUGAAAGUGGGCCCUUGGUGGACCUUGAGGUAAAGGAUUCCAGCCAGAGGAAGCCCCAUGUGUACAAAGGCAUGAGAGCACAGCAGGUUCAGGAGCAUGAAGGAUAGCUAACGGCCAGGAGAAAUAUAGUGGAAAAUGCAAAACAACGAAAUUAUAAAACCUGCCAAAUACUUCUCAGAAUUGGAAAAGAGCAUCUUGCUUGCUUUAGUAGAAAAGUACAAAUAUGUGCUGGAAUGUAAGAAAAGCGAUGCGCGAACUAUUGCCCUUAAGCAACGUACCUGGCAAGCACUCGCCCACGAAUAUAACUCUCAGCCCAGCGUAUCACUGCGGGAUUUCAAGCAGCUGAAGAAGUGCUGGGAGAACAUCAAGGCUCGGACCAAAAAAAUUAUGGCCCAUGAAAGGAGAGAGAAAGUGAAACGGAGUGUCAGCCCGCUUCUGAGUACCCACGUCUUAGGAAAGGAGAAGAUUGCCAACGUGCUGCCCGACCAGCUCUACUUCCUGCAGAGUCCCCCGGAGGAAGAGCCUGAAUACCACCCUGAUGCUGCAGCCCAAGAAUUAAAUGUGAGGGAGUCUGAUGUAAGAGUUUGUGAUGAAUCAUCCUGUAAAUACGGAGGAGUCUGUAAAGAAGAUGGAGAUAGUUUGAAAUGUGCAUGCCAGUUUCAGUGUCAUACAAAUUACAUUCCUGUUUGUGGAUCAAAUGGGGACACUUAUCAAAAUGAAUGCUUUCUUAGAAGGGCUGCUUGUAAGCACCAGAAAGAGAUAACAGUGGUAGCAAGAGGACCAUGCUACUCUGAUAACGGCUCUGGAUCUGGAGAAGGAGAAGAGGAAGGGUCAGGGGCAGAAGUUCACAGGAAACACUCCAAAUGUGGACCUUGCAAAUAUAAAGCUGAGUGUGAUGAAGAUGCAGAAAAUGUUGGGUGUGUAUGUAAUAUAGAUUGCAGUGGAUACAGUUUUAAUCCUGUGUGUGCUUCUGAUGGGAGUUCCUAUAACAAUCCCUGCUUUGUUCGUGAAGCAUCUUGUAUAAAGCAAGAACAAAUUGAUAUAAGGCAUCUUGGCCACUGUACAGACACAGAUGAUAACAGUUUGUUGGGAAAGAAAGAUGAUGGACUACAAUAUCGACCAGAUGUGAAAGAUGCUAGUGAUCAAAGAGAAGAUGUUUAUAUUGGAAACUACAUGCCUUGCCCUGAAAACCUCAAUGGUUAUUGUAUCCAUGGGAAAUGUGAAUUCAUCUAUUCUACUCAGAAAGCUUCUUGUAGAUGUGAAUCUGGUUACACUGGACAGCACUGUGAAAAGACAGACUUUAGUAUUCUCUAUGUAGUGCCAAGUAGGCAAAAGCUCACUCAUGUCCUUAUUGCAGCAAUUAUUGGAGCUGUACAGAUCGCCAUUAUAGUAGCAAUUGUCAUGUGCAUAACAAGAAAAUGCCCCAAAAACAAUAGAGGACGUCGACAGAAGCAAAACCUAGGUCAUUUUACUUCAGAUACAUCAUCCAGAAUGGUUUAAACUGGUGACUUUUAUAUGCACACUAACCAUGUGAUGUACUCUUAUUAUGUCUUUUUUUUAAAGAAUGGAAAUAUUUAUUUCAGAGGCCUUAUUUUUGGACAUUUUUAGUGUAGUACUGUUGGCUUGUAUUUAGAAUAUUCAGCUACAACAGUUUUGGACUGUUUAGUACUUUGUUUUAUGUUUUUAAAUACAGAAUUUGAUUUCAUGAAUUUGUACCACAUGUUAAUUCUAAGACUUGUUCUUUACCCGUGGAAUGUAAUAUUUUUGCAAAGAUGGACCACUUUACAAAUAGUUAUAAAGUCAUACUCACUUCUUCCACAAUGACCACAGGAAAUGACCAAGCAUGAACUAAAGAUACAGAUGUUUACAGAUUACUUUUCUUACAAAAAAAUUCUAGAAGACACUGUGUUUAAAUAGAUAUUUAAAUGUUUUUGAGAUUUAGUAACUGAUUUUUUAGACACUGCCUAUCGCAUGAACUAUAAUGCUGUUGUGUUAGAUGUAAAAUCUUUACAAGAUGUAUGGACUAGAAUUGGGAUUACUCCUUUCUUUGAAAAAAUAAUUCUAAUAAUAUGAAAACGUUUCUGGUAGUAAUGAUGGAACAGAUCACUGAUAAGUAGAUUUAGAUAAUAUGAAAAUAGGCUGUUUAACAAACAGAUUGAAAUAAAGCCUACUAUAUCAAUUAAA